GCGAAAAUAGCCGCUAUGGACGGCGAAUCGUCCGCCAACGCAAGCGUGGCCAUGUCCGACAUGGAACAGACAUCGCCGUCCCUGCUCAAUCACAAUGUUAGCUUUAACAGCAGCAUGGAAUUGACUUUGCCCGCAGCCGAGAGGACCUUUCCAGAUCUGAGCUUCUCUCUGAGCGAAACGGAGCGGCGCCAACUGAAGCAGUACAAGGCGUCGGCUGAGGACAGCAGCAUCAAUCGCAGCCAACGCAGCGCACUUAAGGAUGUGUCCAACAAUCUGAGCUGCAGCAUAGAGUUGGAGGAGUGCAGCGGCAUAGAAGAGGAGAGUGAGCAUGUCAUAAGCGUGGACGACACAGUCGAUGAACUGCUACAGCCGCAGGAGGAGGAAAUGGUGGAGCAGGAAAUAAGCAGCACAACAGUCAAGCCACAGUCGCCGCUGCUGGCACCGGCGACGUUGUAUUUUGAGAGGCAGCUGCUCGAACUGGGUCGCCGUUGCUGGCCAUCCACGGCGGAGGCACAGCACUAUACGAAGGGCUGCUACUGGUCGCCAGAUGGCACUUGUCUGCUGUCGCCUGUUCAUCUGGAUGGCAUGCAUGUGAUGGAGCUGCCAUUGGAUCUAUACGAGGCCAGCGACGUCUCGAUAAUGCGCAGCCUGUCCCAAUUGCAAUCGGCUGUCCAUGUGCCCGAGGGCGGCACCGUCUACGAUUGCGUCUGGUAUCCGCUGAUGAACAGCCAGCAGCCGGAGACCUGUUUCUGGCUGGCCACGCGCCAACAUGAGCCCAUACACAUGUGGGAUGCGUUUGAUGGACGACUGCGUUGCAGCUACAGCGGCUACGACCAGGUGGACGAGGUGGUGGCCGCCAUAUCGCUUGCCUUCGCGCAUGAUGGCCAGAAGAUCUAUGCGGGCUAUAAGCGCUGCAUCAAGAUCUUUGACACGAAUCGACCGGGUCGCGUCUAUGACGAGUAUGCUGUCAAGUUUGCCAUCUCCUGCAUGGCUCAGACCGCGGAGCAUCCGCACACGGUGACCUGCGGCAACUGGAAAGGCUAUAUACAGCACUUUGACCUGCGCUGUGCCCCCAAACAGGGUCCGCUCUUCACGCUGGGCGGCCACACGGCGGGCAUAACACAGCUGCGCUAUGGCACAGAUGCCGGCGCCGGCAAUUGGCAGCUGUUCAGCGGCGCCCGCAAAUGCCCGAAGCUGCUGCAGUGGGACAUGCGCAACUAUAAGAAGCCACUGCGCGAAUUCCAGCGUCAGGUGAAGACCAAUCAGCGCAUACAAUUCGACCUGAAUCCGGAGCAGACCUGGCUGGCCAGCGGCGACACCGAAGGUGGCCUGAAUCUAUGGAAUCUGGAGGCUAGCGGGGAACCGGCGGCGCUGCAGCUGCCGUUGCACGGCGACUGCUGCAAUGGCAUCAGCUUUCAUCCCAACCUGCCCAUAUUGGCCACCAGCUCCGGACAGUAUCAUUUCAUAGCAGGCGGCGACAAGCACGAGGAUUGCAACAGCACAAGCCUGGCGGACAGCACGGAAAUUCAGCAGGAGCAGAAGUCUACAGUGUUAUAUGAGAAUGCCGUAUUAUUGCUGUGGUGUGGGCACAGCUCUGAAAAUUAAGAAAUUAAUUAUUUAAAAUAGAAAUUAAAGUUAAACCCUACAUUUAUUCUACAAG